GGUGGGAGCCGCGACGGGAGCGCCCGGUCGUGCCGCCGCCGCCGCCGCGCGCAGAGAUGUUCCAGAGCCUUCUGUUUCAUUUUGAAAUGAAAUGGCUGCCGAAGUUUCGCACAACCCUACUCUGCAGUCUCUGCAGGUAAUGAUUCUUGAUCCACACUGAACUGGUUACAAAGUUUACUUAAGAAAUAUAAAGUUGGAAUAGUUAUUAUGAACCAAAGGACAGGAUGGAAUUCAUCAUUUAAGGUGCCAUUAGUUCUCUGAAUGUUCUUGUGGCAGAAUUCUUUUUGAAAUAAUCAUCUCUAGAAAGAAAAUGAAGAUGUGGCUCUUAAUCAGUCAUCUUGUUACAGUGCCUUUCAUCUUCUGCCUGUCAGAGGAAGGAAAUAAAGGCUAUGGACCUGUUUUUGAAGAGCAGCCUAUUGAUACCAUCUACCCGGAGGAAUCAUCAGAUGGACAAGUGUCAAUGAACUGCCGAGCCAGAGCAAUCCCCACUCCUACUUACAAGUGGAAAAUAAACAACUGGGAUAUUGACUUAACAAAGGAUCGCUACAGCAUGGUGGGAGGCAGACUUGUUAUCAAUAACCCAGAAAAAUCAAAGGAUGCUGGAAAAUAUGUUUGUAUAGCAGCAAAUAACUUUGGAAUGGUCAGAAGCAGUGAAGCUACGCUAAGUUUUGGAUACCUUGAUCCUUUUCCCCCUGAGGAACGCUAUGAAGUUAAAGUGCGGGAGGGUGUUGGAGUAGUGCUUCUUUGCGAGCCUCCUUACCAUUUCCCAGAUGAUCUCAGUUAUCGCUGGCUUCUGAAUGAGUUUCCUGUAUUCAUUACUAUGGACAAACGACGAUUUGUGUCACAGACUAAUGGCAAUCUCUAUAUCGCAAAUGUAGAAGCAUCAGAUAGAGGCAAUUAUUCAUGUUUUGUAUCCAGUCCUUCAAUCACAAAGAGUGUAUUCAGCAAAUUCAUUCCACUUAUUCCCCAAGCAGACGGUGCUAAAGUAUAUCCUGCUGAUAUCAAGGUCAAGUUCAAGGAUACAUAUGCCCUUCUUGGACAAAAUGUGACCCUGGAAUGUUUUGCACUCGGGAACCCUGUUCCUGGAAUCAGGUGGAGUAAGUAUCUUGAACCCAUGCCAGCCACUGCUGAGAUAAGCAUGUCUGGUGCAGUUCUCAAGAUCUUCAAUAUUCAGUAUGAAGAUGAAGGAAUUUAUGAAUGUGAAGCUGAAAACUAUAAAGGAAAAGAUAAACAUCAAGCACGAGUUUAUGUUCAAGCAUCUCCAGAAUGGGUAGAGCAUAUCAAUGACACAGAGAGAGAUAUAGGCAGUGACCUGUAUUGGCCUUGUGUAGCUGCAGGAAAACCAAUUCCAACCGUUAGGUGGUUGAAAAAUGGACUAUCGUACGGGAAAGGAGAAUUAAGAAUACGGGGCCUGGCUUUUCAGGAUGCUGGAAUGUAUCAAUGUAUAGCUGAAAAUGCACAUGGCAUUAUUUAUGCUAAUGCCGAACUGAAGAUUGUAGCUUCACCUCCCAACUUUGAACUGAACCCAAUGAAAAAGAAGAUCUUGGCUGCUAGAGGAGGCCGUGUGAUAAUUGAAUGCAAACCUAAAGCUGCUCCCAAGCCACAAUUCUCAUGGAGCAAAGGAACGGAACUGCUGGUAAAUGGGAGCCGCAUACACAUUUGGGAUGAUGGAAGCCUAGAGAUUUUGAAUAUCACAAAGCUGGAUGAAGGCACUUACACAUGUUUUGCAGAAAAUAACCGAGGAAAAGCUAACAAUUCUGGUACUCUUGAAAUCACAGAAGCUACAAAGAUUACUUUAGCUCCAAUUAAUGUUGAUGUCACAGUGGGAGAGAAUGCCACUAUGCAGUGUAUUGCAUCCCAUGACCCCUCAUUAGACCUGACAUUUAUUUGGUCUCUAAAUGGCUAUGUAAUAGAUUUUGAGAAAGAGCAUGAGCAUUAUGAAAGAAGUGUUAUGAUCAGGUCCAAUGGUGAGCUUCUUAUUAAAAAUGUACAGCUCCGGCAUGCUGGAAGAUACAUAUGCACCGCACAGACAAUUGUUGACAAUUCCUCAGCUUCAGCUGAUCUUGUUGUAAGAGGUCCCCCAGGUCCUCCUGGAGGGAUAAGAGUGGAGGAUAUUCGACACACUUCUGUAGCACUCACCUGGAGUCAUGGGACAGAUAAUCAUAGCCCUAUUUCUAAGUACACUAUCCAGUACAAGACUUUUCUAACUGAAGAGUGGAAAGAUGCCAAAACAGAUCCCCCAAACAUUGAAGGAAAUAUGGAAAGUGCAAGGGUGAUUGAUCUAAUCCCAUGGAUGGAGUAUGAAUUCCGGAUAAUAGCAAUGAAUACUUUGGGAACAGGAAUACCUAGUAUGCCAUCACAGAGAAUUAGAACAGAAGGAGCUGCUCCUAAUGUGGCUCCUUCUGACGUUGGAGGAGGGGGUGGAAGCAAUCGAGAGCUGACAAUAACAUGGGUGCCUUUACCAAGAGAGUACCAUUUUGGCAAUAAUUUUGGUUAUGUAGUAGCAUUCAAGCCAUUUGGGGCAAAGGAGUGGAGAAGAGUUACAGUGACCAAUCCCGAUAUUGACCGAUAUGUCCACAAGGAUGAAUCCAUGCCCCCCUCAACAAAGUAUCAAGUAAAAGUGAAAGCAUUUAACAACAAAGGGGAUGGGCCUUUCAGCCUCACUGCUGUUAUUUAUUCAGCACAAGAUGCUCCAACUGAAAUACCUACAGAUGUAAAUGUCAUGGUCUUAUCAUCUUCUGAAAUCUCUGUUUCUUGGCACCACAUUUCUGAGCAAUCUGUUGAAGGAUAUCAGAUUCGUUACUGGGCCACUCACGAUAAAGAAGCAGCUGCCCAGAGGGUGCAAGUGAGCAAUCAGGAAUACUCAACCAAACUGGAAGGCUUAAAGCCUAACACAUGGUACCAUGUGGAUGUUUCCGCCUACAAUAGUGCAGGGUAUGGACCUCCCAGCAGAGUUGUUGAUAUUGUCACAUAUAAAGCACCUCCAAGUCAACGUCCAAGAAUUAUCAGUUCUGUAAGGUCUGGUUCAAGGUACAUCAUCACUUGGGAUCACGUCAAGCCCAUGCCAAAUGAAUCAGCAGUUUCUGGAUACAAAGUGCUGUAUCGACCAGAUGGCCAACAUGAGGGCAAAUUGUAUUCAACUGGUAAACAUUCAAUAGAAGUCCCAGUCCCCAGAGAUGGUGAAUAUGUGGUUGAGGUUCGUGCACACAGUAAAGGAGGAGAUGGAGAAGUAGCUCAAAUCAGAAUUUCAGCUGCUUCGGUCGGUGCAUCGCCUGGUCUCCUUGGCUUACUGCUGCCUACCAUUGGUGUCGUUGCCUACUUGGAAUUUUGAAUGUAGCUGGAUUUAUCUUGUCCUCCAUGCAGUGCAAAGGACUCCCUUCAAACCUGUGAGGACUGCAAUUCUUUUUGAUUCCUGUGGCACCAUCCUAAGCCAAAUAAAUUACACUUUAAAAUUACCCUACUGAUUUACUAUGAACUUUAAGAGGACUGAGGCAUCCAGGAACUCCUUCAUCAAGUGAAUCAACUUUUGAAAGGAUAAGAAAUGAUUUUUAACUUGUUCCAAUAUGCCUUAUAAAACACUUAUGCUGAUCUGUGACAGUUGCAUGAUUCGGUCCAAUGGGGCAAGUUACAGUGUUAAAAUUCAAUAACAUAGGCUGUACAGUGAAAGUAAAAUCACCAUACAUAGGUGCUUUAACUUUAAUAACAAAUUGUGAAAUAUAAUAGAGAUUGAAAUGUUGAUUGUAUGUGGUAAAUGUAAGAGUAACUACGUCUGUCUGUACUAUCCUAUAUGUUUUGUGUACUGCAUAUUUUUGAAUGGCCCCUGUCAUCAUUUAUGAGAUUCCAGGAUUUUAGCGAUACAGUCAAAGCAAAAACAUUUCAUUUAUUUUUGGAUCUUGUUUCUUUUCCCUAAUUUUUUUUUCCUUCUUCAGGCUGUUGAAUAUCCUUUGGGAACAUUGAGUCCAAAAAUGAAUGAUAAGGACCUUUUAUUUUAAGGCUAUUCGGCAAAUUUAAUUAUGACUGCUAACAGUAAAGAUAAAUUAUAAGAAUUUUGCAGCACCUUAAUGUUAGGCAGCUUUCUAUAGCUCAACAUAUUGUUUUGAAAACAGUGCUGCUUAACAAAAUGUUGUGAAUUUUUAAAACAAUAAUAGUUUCUGUUUUGUCAUAUAGACAAUACUAAUGACAUAUAUGGUCUCUUAUUCUAUUUCUUUUACUUUGUUCAGAAAGUACCAUUUCAAUUUAGAUAAUUCAGCCUUUAUAUUGAUGGAGGUGUGAAAUGCCAGCUACAAAAUAAGCAGCAGUUUUUUGGUUUGGCUUUUUAGUAUUUUAUUCAGAUGUUGGUGUAGUGUAUUAGAUAUUUUAAAAUGAAGUCCCAUACAGGGUCAGCCAUUGGAAUAAAAAAUGGUAGAAUGUUUAAGUUGUUUUUUAAAACUUGAAAGAUUUACAAUAAUAAUCUAAAAGAUAUACAGAAAAAGGGCAAAAAAAACAAGGUAGCUCAGUCAGAAAAAUAUAAUUCUAAUAUUUACUUGUUAUGCUGUAGAUGCGAGGUGUUACCUUCCUUUCGUGAAGGCCUACAGUUGGGAAAACUACAGGCUUUUUUUUCAAGAACUAGAUAUUAUUCUACUAUCCUUAGUGCUGUAAAUAAGAGUUUUAAAGUUCUAAGACUAUUUCCCUGUUUCAUAUAAUGCUGAAAGAUAUAAAGAUGUUAAUAAAUAAAAGGCAAAUCCUGAAUGGUCUGUCAACUCUAAAUAUUAAUUAUGAAGUUUACAAAAGGAUGGUUAUUCUAAUAGGAGCUAGGGAAUGUUUUUGUUCUGACUGUGUCUACAGUGUUUCAGUGUUUAUUUUUUAAGUUGUUAAAGAAAUGCAAAUUCCUUUAAUUUCCCAUGGUGUGCUGGGAAUUUAGUUUGAGUGUGAAUGUUGAAAAAACACAGUGAUAUUGAAUCAGCUGGCUCAAGUAAUAGUGCAAUGUAUGAUGCUUCAAGAAUUAUAAGCUUUGAAUCAUAUUUUAUUAGCACAACCCUGCUAGCUACUUAGAAAUAGAUUUUAUCUUUUUAGAAAUGAUACUGUAGAGGUCCAUAAUAAUACUAUUUACAUGAAGCAGGAAUAGGCCUAUUAAUACUUUACACCCCUUUCUUUAAUUUGUAUAAUUUUUGUACUAUAUAUUUACAUGUAAAAGUGUAGAGUCUUCAUUAAGAAAUAUCAAUAAUACUGUUUUAGUUUAAUUUUAACUAUUUGUUACAAGAUGAAACUUUUUUAAAUAGGCAAAAGCGGUAACUUCCCAAUGGAGGAAUUUCAAAGUGUCAAAUAUUACUGAGUUUCAUAAAUUGUAUAAUUAUUUGAAAGAAAAAUGAGCUGUCUUCAUGCAUAAGAGAAACUAAUACUCUGUAAGCCUUCUAUACAAUAGGUUAUGCAUUUUGUUUUGUUAUAUUUUGGUUUUGGUUAUUUGCAGUCUGACUCAUUUUUUAUAUAAUCUACAACCACAACUAAAUCUUUUGCCAAAUGCAUGAUUGCCUUUUACUUUUUUAAUAUGCGGUGUAAGGAGAAAAACUGGUUAGUUUCUGCAUGAAAAUGAUCUGGAAGGUAAAACCACUUUUUAAAAAUCUGCGAUACAGAUGGGCUAGAUUACAGCAUCUCACAUAGUGACCAGAUAAUUCCAGAUUUUCAUUGUUUCACUCAACUGUACAAAUUUGACUGGGACCUUCAGUUUCAAACUGUUGUCAACAAAACUAACUAAUGUAUCAUCUGCUUUAAAACGCAAGGUUCUUAAUUAAAGUUUAUAUAGAUAGA